AUCAAGAUGAAAGUCACUGAAAAUCAGUAUGAUAAAUCUAUCACAGAAGAAUAUGAUUAUGACAAUAUAACCAAUGAAACCCCUGACAUCUGUAUCAAGAAAAAUGCCAUCCAGUUUGCGACAGCCAUCACUCCAAUCUUUUUCCUCAUCAUCGUUCUGUUCAGCUGUGUGGGAAACACUCUGGUCAUCUGGGUCCUUGUGAAGUAUGAAAAUCUGAAGUCCCUCACCAACACAUUUCUGUUAAAUCUGGCUCUCUCUGAUCUGAUUUUCACCUUUGGCCUGCCGUUCUGGGCCUACUACUACAUGUAUGGCUGGACUCUUGGAGAUCCUGCUUGCAAAGCAGUUAACUUUGUGUUCUACACGGGAUAUUACAGCAGCAUCAUCUUCCUGACGGUUUUGACCAUCCACCGCUACAUGGCCGUGGUUCAUCCCAUGUCGGUGGUCAUGUCUAGGAAGAGCGUGCACUGCUAUAUGACAGCAAUUCUCAUCUGGAUCAUCAGUCUUUGUGCUGCUAUCCCACAAGCCAGGUUCAACUCAGUUGUGCACAACGAUGCUGAUGUAUUCAUGGAUGAUCAAAACAACAGCACCACUGCAGUUCUGCUCUGUGAUUUUGCUGGUCAAAUUAAUUGGAAAUUGUCAAGUAUAUACAGGCAAAAUUCCUUUUUCAUUAUUGCUUUUGUGAUCUUUGCUUUUUGCUACACUGUGAUCUUGGGACGGCUGCUUCGACCAACAUUUCACACUAGUAGAAAAGAGGUGCAUCUCAUCUUCUUCAUUGUGGUGUUUUUCUUCUUGGGAUGGGGGCCGUACAACGUGGCCAUAUUUCUGGACUCUCUGAUUUCAUGGAAUAUCUCUCCUUUUACUGAUUGUGAGCUGAGUAAAUCUAUAGACUAUUUGAUGUAUGUCUCUCGGAUGGUGGCUUUCUCACACUGCUGCCUGAACCCUGUGUUUUAUGGUCUUCUAAGAAUUCUGUAGAAACAGCACAGAGCCUCAGAAUAGACAAAGCAGGCAUAUUUACUCCAACGGUGAAGAAAUGUCUAUGUUUUAGCUCCCUAUGCUUAAAGGGGGGGUGAAAUGCUUGUUUUCACUCAAUAUCCUGUUAAUCUUGAGUACCUAUAGAGUAGUACUGCAUCCUUCAUAACUCCAAAAAGUCUUUAGUUUUAUUAUAUUCAUAAGAGAAAGAUAGUCUGUACCGAUUUUUCCCGGAAAAACACGACCGGCUGGAGGCGUGACGUGUGGGCAGAGCUAAAGAAUCACGAGCGCCAGUAGGCUUUUGCGUUGAGAGCAUGUGGAAGCUGUGACAUUACCGUGAGGAAAAAAACAUUCAAAACAAACCAUGGCUAACAGUCAGAUUCAGCCGUUUAUUUAUGAUCCAGAAUCAGAUCCAGAGGCUGAAAUUUAACAAGAGCAGCAGCAGCAACGACGUCUCUAUGUGGUAUGUACUGAAACUGUAUAUAUUUGCUUAGCGGUUUUGGAAAAAGUUCCACUUUAUGUCGUCUUUUUUUUUUUUUAAGCUGUACAUGUGGAAAGUGCAGUUUGAUGACAACAUCGCAUGUUGUUUACUUGAUGUGCUUACGCGCCGAUAGCUAAGUUAACAACACAGAUAUAUUUGAUAUUUGAUCGUGACCCUU